AUGGAAAAAAAGAAAAAAAUUAAGAAUAUUAAAAAUCUUCAGCAAAGUUAUAGGCACGAUAGUAAUGAAGAACAAAGAAAUAUAAGAAGUAGAAUUAACCGUGAACUAAGAGACAUAAUAAAGAAAGAAGAUAUAUUAAAAUUUAUUAAAGCGCAAAGACCUAGAUGGCUGGAAGACAUAAAGAGAAGGAAAAACGAAAACGGUGUACUAAUUAAUAAGAUUUUUGGUUUGUUUCUUGCCUACGAAACGAGAUCAAUGAAAGUGAAACAGAUAAACGAUUCGAGAUAUGUGGGAAUGAGCAUUUACAAUGUUGUGAUACUGUGCCUGAUAACUGCUCCUGUCACCAUGGUAAUUGCCAGUCAACAAGAUGCCAGUUACGCAUUCGUUGCCCUAGCCAUAGUUUUCUGCUGUUUUCUCAGCAUGGCCCUCAUCUUUGUGCCUAAGAAAGAAGAAAAGAUAAAACUUCUUAAAGAUCGUAUAGCCGAAAAAGAGAGCGGCACAAAAGGUGGACUGCUAACGCCAUCUACUAUCACACAAGGUAAGGACUGUCUCAUAGUCGCAGAUUUCAUCACCGACGCAGGAACUUCCGAUUCGGCAUUUGGCGGAGGGCACUCGGUGUACACUAGAUCCUCGAGGUGCAGUCAGUCAGAUAUUGAAUUUAGCGAAAGUUAUUUGUAA